AUGGCAGGCGUCCCAAACACAUUCGACGGACCCGUCCACAUCGCCGUUGUAGGCGGAACAGGCAUCUCCUCCCUGCCAGGCUUUACUCUCGCUGCGACCCUCGACGUCGACACGCCCUGGGGCAAGCCCUCAUCCCCCAUCAGCAUCCUCCAGCACCCGUCCCCCACCACGGGCAAGCCUAUCCCCAUCGCCUUCCUCUCGCGCCAUGGCCUCUCCCACGAACAUGCCCCACACGAAGUGAAGAACCGUGCCAACAUCGCCGCGCUACGACACAUCGGCGUGCGCACCAUCAUCGCCUUCUCUGCUGUCGGAUCGCUGCAGGAAGAAAUCCGUCCUCGCGACUUUGUCGUGCCUGAUCAGAUCAUUGACCGGACUAAGGGCAUUAGGCCCUUCACAUUCUUUGAGGGAGGCAUGGUCGGACAUGUCGGGUUUGGUGAUCCCUUUGAUAAGCGUCUGGCCGAGAUUGUCAGGCGGUGUGGACAUUCUCUCGAGGGCGAGGGCGUCAGAUUACACGACAAGGGACUGCUUAUUUGCAUGGAGGGCCCACAGUUCAGCACACGCGCCGAAUCCAACCUCUACCGCUCAUGGGGCGGCAGCGUAAUCAACAUGUCCGCCCUCCCCGAAGCUAAACUCGCGCGGGAAGCAGAGAUUGGAUACCAGAUGAUCUGCAUGGCUACCGACUACGACUGCUGGCGGGGCGAUGGCGAAGAGGAUGUUCAUGUGGAGAUGGUCAUGGCGCAUAUGAAGGCGAACGCGGAGAAUGCGAGGCGCUUUGUGGGCGCUGUGCUCAAUGAGUUGACCAAGGAGGAGCAUGGGGAGCAAGUUCAGGCCAAGCAUUUGGAGGGACAAAUGAGGUUUGCAGGCGCUAUGACGAAGAAGGAGGCCCGAGGGAAGGAGGCAGAGGAGAAGUUGCAGUGGUUAUUCCCGGGGUACUUCGAUUGAGUUGCAGCGAUACCUGUACACGCUCUGAAUGCGGAGACAAUGUGCUGACGCAUCUUCUAAUAUAGAGCCAUUGUUCAACAUAAUGACUCCCUUUGCUAGAUAUGAGACAUGCCAACUUCCGUUCCGAUAGGUCACCAUCUGCUUCCAUACAUGCAGUAGACACCUCAUAUGGAAGGUCUGUAGCACGCUGUACAACAAUAUCACAGUCAUAGCAUCAUAGAAACAUAUAAGCACCAGCUUUCCGCUAUCAACAUGCCGCAUUG